AUGGGCGAAAAGGACAAGGCACAGGACGACGAUGGAGAUCGCGCCGUUCAGGUCUGGAAGAUCAAGAAGCUCAUUAAAGCACUAGAGCAGGCCCGUGGUAACGGAACAAGCAUGAUCUCACUAAUUAUCCCUCCUCGAGAUCAAACCUCCCGCGUUAACAAGAUGCUCAGUGACGAGUACGGGACCGCUUCAAAUAUCAAGUCCCGUGUCAACCGUCAAUCCGUUCUCAGUGCCAUCACCUCAACUCAGCAGCGUCUCAAGCUCUACCCCAAGGUACCUGACAACGGACUCGUUAUCUACUGUGGUACAAUUAUGAACGACCAGAACAAGGAGCGUGAGGUCCUUGUUGACUUUGAACCGUUUAAGCCCAUCAACACUUCUCUGUAUUUGUGCGAUAACAAAUUCCACACAGAGGCUUUGGCGAGUCUACUAGAAUCUGACGAGAAGUUUGGCUUUAUCGUAAUGGACGGAAAUGGUGCUUUGUUCGGCUUGUUGACAGGCAACACCCGAUCCGUUCUUCACAAGUUUUCCGUUGAUCUUCCGAAGAAGCACGGUCGCGGAGGUCAGUCCGCAUUGCGUUUUGCUCGCCUGCGGUUAGAGAAGCGCCAUAACUUUGUCCGAAAAGUAGCAGAAAUCGCAGUUACCCAGUUCAUUCCGGAUGGUCAAAAGGUCAACGUCACUGGUCUUAUUCUUGCGGGUUCCGCAGACUUCAAAACAGAACUGUAUACUUCAGAACUAUUUGACCAGCGGCUGAAGGCCAAGGUCUUGAAGACGGUAGAUGUCAGCUAUGGAGGCGAAAAUGGCUUCAACCAGGCCAUUGACCUCUCAGCAGAGACACUUGGCAAUGUCAAGUUUAUUCAGGAAAAGAAGCUUGUACAAAGGUAUUUCGACGAAAUUUCCAAAGACACAAACAAGUAUUGCUUCGGCGUAAGGGAUACUAUGUUGGCGUUGGAGCAAGGUGCUGUUGAGAUUCUUAUUGCUUGGGAGAAUAUGGAACACACCAGGCUUGAGCUUGAAAAUCCACAGACAAAUGAAAAGGUCAUCAAGAUCUUGAGCAAGCAGGAAAUGAAUGACAUGUCACAUUUCGUUGAUCAGGAAACAAAGGUCGAACUUGAGACUCGGGAACAAGAACCUUUUGUCGACUGGAUGGCCGCGCAUUACAAGGACUUCGGCACAACUCUAGAAUUCAUCACCGAUCGAUCACAAGAAGGUGCACAAUUUGUGCAGGGCUUUGGUGGUAUCGGUGGGUUAAUGCGAUAUGAGGUCAACUUCGAAGCGUUCGAGGAGCCUGAGGAAGACGAAGACUGGGAGGACCUUUUGGCUUAG